AGGAGGGAGAGAGUGGCUGGCAGGGGCAGCGCUGCCCGGGCGGAGAUGGCGGUGAAGGUGGCGAGACGCCGCCCCGGGAGCCCUGCGGCCGGCCUGUGCAGUCUCUUGCGGAAUCCGUCCGUUUUCUUGCCAAGACGGGACAUCUAGGAUGUAAUUGCUGGCUCCAGAGUUAGGGAUAGCACUUGACGUUUUCUGUGGAACAGUUCAUUGAAAAUGUCACUCUUUUCCCAGGGCGGUUCGAUUCUGUCCGAUUUGGGUACUUCCUACAGUUUAUCUUUUCAGCGUCAUUGUUUAAGUCUUCGUUUUAAUACAAAGCCGUGUGCUGUGGAUGAAGCACCUCGGCAUACUUGGGGUACACCUUGAGUUAUUUUUACGUAUACUUGAACUUGAGAAACCCAAGAAACCAGAUUGCUUCUAGAUUUUUCGGAGGAGGCAGCAGAGCCUGUCUUUAGUUAUCAGAGCCCACAGGCUUAUCAAGCAGCUACUGAAUUCUCAGGCCUGCCAGUUCACUUGGUAAAUCUGAAGCCUUGGAGUCUGAAAGCUGGGAUCUGACCUAGGAUUUGGCUUUGGUUGGAAAAGGAACUUAGCCUAUAUGUACUACUUUAACCACUGGAAGAAUGACAGAUGACAAAGAUGUGCUUCGAGAUGUGUGGUUUGGACGGAUUCCAACUUGCUUCACUCUGGGUCAGGAUGAAAUAACUGAAAGGGAGGCUGAACCGUACUAUUUGCUAUUGCCAAGAGUAAGUUAUUUGACGUUGGUAACUGACAAAGUGAAAAAGCACUUUCAGAAGGUUAUGAGACAAGAAGACAUUAGUGAGAUAUGGUUUGAAUAUGAAGGCACACCACUGAAAUGGCAUUACCCAAUUGGUUUGCUGUUUGACCUUCUUGCAUCAAGUUCAGCUCUUCCUUGGAACAUCACAGUGCAUUUUAAGAGUUUUCCAGAAAAGGACCUUCUUCACUGUCCGUCUAAGGAUGCAAUCGAAGCUCAUUUUAUGUCUUGUAUGAAAGAAGCUGAUGCUUUAAAGCAUAAAAGUCAAGUAAUUAAUGAAAUGCAGAAAAAAGAUCACAAGCAGCUCUGGAUGGGAUUACAAAAUGACAGAUUUGACCAGUUUUGGGCCAUCAAUCGCAAACUCAUGGAAUAUCCUGCUGAAGAAAAUGGAUUUCGUUAUAUCCCGUUUAGAAUAUAUCAGACAACGACUGAGCGGCCUUUCAUUCAGAAGCUGUUUCGCCCUGUGGCUGCAGAUGGACAGCUGCAUACACUAGGUGACCUCCUCCGGGAAGUGUGUCCUGCUGCAAUUGCUUCCGAAGAUGGGGGAAAAAAGAAUCAAGUGAUGAUUCAUGGAAUUGAGCCAAUGUUGGAAACUCCUCUCCAGUGGCUGAGUGAGCACCUGAGCUACCCGGAUAACUUUCUUCAUAUUAGUAUCAUCCCUCAGCCGACAGAUUGAAGGAUCAGCUGUUUGCCAGAACGGAAUCAUCCGAAGCUGACCGGGAGCGUGUCACCCCUGAGCUUCAGACAGCUCAGUGGAGGCACCCUGACCGGAAUACUUGGCUGCUGCGAGCCAAACAGGAAAAAGAUUCCCUGCGAGAUAAGGCACAGGGCCGAGCUGUCUGUGCAUCACCACUGCUUUCCUCCACUGCCGUCAUGAAACCUCAGCUGCAACAGGACCACUGCAGGCCUUCUGUGUUCUGAAACCUUUGGCCUGGGAAGAAAGUGGAAAUGUGUGCCACUUGGUGUGUAUUUCUGAUGAAGCAGUAAACAGGGUAUUUCCUAAGGUGGCCAUGGUUGAACUUUAGCUCCAGAGAGUGGAAACAUUUGGUUCAAUUUUCAAGAGAAUUAGACUUAAGAAAGUAAAAGAGAAAUUCUAUUGUCAAUAACUUGCAGUAAUUUUUUGUAAAAGAUCGAAUUACAGUAAACCCGUUUUUCCUUAAUGAAAAUUUCCUAUGUUUACAGUCUGUCAAUUGGUAUGCAAACAAUCUUGUAACUUUGAUAAUGAACAGUGAGAGAUUUUUAAAUAAAGCCUCUAAAUAUGUUUUGUCAUUUA